CGGUCUUGAGAGCAUGGGUAUCCUAACUGAAGUGCUGGAUUCCGUGCGGCCGAUGCACGUUGCGAUUGGCGUUGCCUCCCUCAUCCUCCUCAGAAUCAUCUACCUCCUCAUCCUCUACCCCCACUUCCUCUCCCCCCUCCGCCACGUCCCCGGCCCUCCCACCCCACUCACCUCCCUCCGCUCCAUCCUCUACGGCCAUUUCCCCGCCAUCAUCCGUUCCGAGGCGGGGAUCAUCCAGCGCGAGUGGGCGAAGAGGUAUGGUGGGUUCGUUAGGGCGGUGGGACCGUUUGGGAUUGAGAGGGUGAUUUGUAUGGGGAGGGAGACGAUGGGGAGGGUGUUGGGGGAGGAGUGGGUUGAUUAUCCGAGGCCGGCGUAUAUGAGGAAUAUAUUGGGGAUGGUGGCUGGGUAUGGGUUGUUGACGGUCACGGGAAACGAGCAUCGACAGAUGAGAAAGACGAUGAACCCUGCGUUUUCGCUUUCGAAUCUCAUAGCACAGACGGACAUGUAUUAUGAUCAUAUCGAGACAUUGAUCGAGAUGAUGGACUUUGAGAUUUCGUCGCAACUCAAGCCAUCGGAAGGAAGAAUCAUGCUCAUGUAUUCGUGGAUGAGUAAAGUGACUCUCGACAUCAUCUGCGAUACCGCAUUUGGCUAUCGCUCCAAUUCUCUUCGUGACCCGCAUAACGAGCUCACGGAGGCGUAUCAUAACCUUCUCAACCUCGAGAACGGCUCAAAUAUCACCAUGCUCAUGGCUCUGAUCUCGAUUCCCGGUAUGCCAUGGUUCAUGAAUUCGAAAUGGGGAUACAAGUUCAGGAAGAUAUUCCAACUAUCCUCCGUAACCGCCCCAGGAACAGUCCUCAUCGAAUCCAUGUCCCGCAUCCGUCGCAUCUCUGCCCAGAUCCUAGCCGACAAGAUCCACGACUCCGGCCUCACCGCCGCCGACCUGUCGACGAAGAAGGAUAUCAUGUCGAUCAUGGUCAGAGCUCGGAAGGGCGACGAGGAUGCGGAGGAGAAGGGAGAGGCGAAGCAUGGCGUGUAUAAGUUGAGCGAUGAGGCUUUGGUUGAUCAGGUGCUUACUUUUCUGGGGGCUGGACAUGAGACGACGGCGUCGGGGCUUUCGUGGACACUCUGGCUUCUUGCUCAAAACCCUACCGUUCAAGCCGAACUGCGUGCUGAGCUGACGCCUUUGUUCGACGCGGAGCCGAGACCGGGAUAUAGGGCCCUGAAGGAAUGCAAGAUGCUGGAUUGUGUCGUGAUGGAGAGCCUACGAGUCAUGCCUCCCGUCCCGAUGACCAUCCGACAGGCCGCCAAGAGCAAUUGGAUAGAAGGUCAUUGGGUCAGGAAAGGAACGUACUUCUAUAUACCUAUCCGCGUCAUCAACACCUCCCGCUCCGUCUGGGGCGAAGACGCAGAAACCUUCCGUCCCUCCCGCUGGCUCGAUCUUCCUUCGGACUACGUCGCGAAUUAUCAUUUGAUGUCGUUCAUCCAGGGCCCGCACGCGUGCAUUGGGAAGACGAUGAGUAUCUUGGAGAUGAAGGCCGUUUUGGCUGCGAUCAUCGUCAAGUUCGAGUUUUUGCCAUCGCAUGAGGGACAGGUGGCCAAGCCUACCGCCGCGAUCACCAUGAAACCAGAGGACGACAUGCCGCUCCUCGUGAGACCCGUACAGAGGGGAAGUACCGCACAGUUAUAAUACGAGAACUACUGGAGUGGUUUAAGAUUAAUGCCGACGGUCCGAGUUCAUUGAGCUGUAGGAUGAUUGAAAGGUGUGUUGUUGGUGUGUUGGGUAUGAUGGGGAGGCGGGAAGCGAAGUGAAUGCGUGAAUUCUAGGCUACUGUCCGUUCCUUCAUGGGACCGAGUAUUUAUUGUGUGUUAUUCUAUGUUGUACCAAUAGCCCUCAGUUAUGUUAUGGAAUUCUACC